CCAGCACUAUUUAAACCGAGCUGCUGUUUGCAUCACAUCUGAGCACAGAUACAGUAAGUUUGGUUUCAGACUCAUGAACUCCACCAACCUCACGGCAUCAUGAAGAUCUUCCUGCUGAUUCUCCUGCUGGUGUCUGCUUUGUCAGAUAUUUUGUGCCAGAACGUCAGUCCUGAUGAGGAUAACUGGAUGAGUGCCAGGUAUCCAGACCAGGUAAAUUUGCUAGAAUCUGACCUAAAGUCGAUGUUGGAAGGGGUCAGCCGAACACCUGGUCUACAACAGGUUUUUGGUCUAAUGGGGAAAAGAUCAUCUGCAAAAUCACAGAUAACACGAAGGCGGCAGAAAUUCCAGACUUUUGUGGGUCUAAUGGGAAAACGUAAUGUGGUUGAACCAGGAUCCUUCUAGGAAAAAGGCUGAAACUGAUAAUUCCAGGUUCAGAAAUAACUAAAAAAUAAAUAAACAAAAAGGUAAAUGUUAUUUGGGACAUUGCAUUUGUCUUCUAUACAUGAUAUUACCACCUCCAUGCUUUACUGGAGGAAUGCAUGUUGGUGUUUUAUCUGUCACUUGGAUGUUAAAUACAGCUGGAUCAAACAAAAACUGUGUCCUUUUUUCCGGCUGCAAAGAAUCGAAAUGUGAUUAUUUUCUAUACCCACUGUAUAUACAUGUAUAAGUUAAAGAUUAAGUUAAAAAUGUUUAUCAACUGAUCAAAAUGAUUAAAAAUGUAAUUCAUAAUUAUAAUACUGGUGCCACUUUUCCUUUAUACGCUUUAAACAUGAAUUAUUCUUGACAGUUCAGUGUAUUCUUGCUAUGUAACUGUAAAACCUAUUUGGAAAUAUUUAUUAUAAAUUAAUACAAACAUUAAAAAUUUUAAUCACCACUACUUUGAGGUGUGUUUUAAUGCGAUACAAUGAGGGAUGAACGCGUGACAACUGCCAAGUAACAAGAUCAUUUCAAUAUUAUGAUCAGUGUUUCUUGUACAAAAACGUUGUUGUGGGUAGAUUUUUAGUAGUUUGAAUGUUUAUUAAAAAACAAAACAAAAAAACACUUAUGACGGUUGCCAGUCUUGUUUCAGCAAUCUAAAUGAUCAACCUGUAUCAUCACAAGUUUAUUAAGAGACUGUACAAUAUGAAUGAAAAAACUGAAAAA